AUGGCUUUUACAGGCAUCGGGCUGGAUAAUCUGGAUAAAGGGUCUCGGGCUGGUUGUAGCCUGGGGAAGUAUCUUCUCACACAAUUCAGCAAAGGCCCUCUGACUCCAGAGCUAAAGAUUUAUAUCCGAGCGAAUGCUUUCUAUGGCUUAAUACCAGUAAAGCAUAUGGUCACCAAAGCAGAGGUGCUCGAAUUUGAGAUCUGGUCCCUGGAACAUACCGACGAAGGGUCAGCCGUUUCUUCUGAUCCCCGGUUUGACAAUUGCUAUGUCUUUUCUCCUGCACAUAAGCCACAUGGGCUCUUCGACGGCGGUAUGGACUUUGUUUUGGCGACAGGAAAAGAGAAAGGCAAGUCAACCCGCGACCUUCGAUCUCACACUUUAUUCACACCAGACAUAGAUAAAUUGGCCGAGAGCGAAAGGCGGGUGACUUAUAGCAAGCCCAUGCUAGCUGAUCCCUUGGCUCAAGAAACCAUCACAUCGAUUAAGGAUUGGAUAUCUAAAUGCGAUAGAGAGCAAGCCGAAACCCACCUGAUUUGCUCAGUAUCUAAACCUCACUUCUUGCCUUCCCGCCUUAUCCGUGUACGACCACAGGGCUCAAGAUGCGAGUUGAAAUUGGUUUCUGGGAAGGCGCUGAAGGAACAAGGCGUGAGAUACACUGCAUUGAGUUAUUGUUGGGUUGCCAACAUGGGUGCCACUCUGACCACAAACAACUUUGAAAGCUCUAUGGCGGAAAUCUCUUGGGAAAUGGUUCCAAAGACGAUUCAAGACGCCGCAUUAACGACGCAAAGACUCGGGAUAGACUACCUGUGGGUAGAUUCAUUCUGUAUUAUCCAGGACAGCCCCGACGAUAAGACUCUGGAAAUUAGCCAGAUGACCGAGGUCUACACACACGCAACAUUAACGAUUAUGGCCAAACGUGCCAAUGAUGCCCAAGAAGGCUUUCUACAUAAAGGGGUUCUCCCUUCUGGAACGAGCUCUAUGAUGAUUCGGUAUCGCAAUGGGGAAGAGGGAACUGUCACAUUGUCAUUUGAGUCAGCUCUAAGCGACGAAUUAUUAGACACAAGAGGAUGGGUGCUACAGGAAUACUUACUCUCUCGCCGAUUACUUAUAAUUGGGAGCUGGGCGACGGAGUGGUCGUGUCGUCAAGAACGUUACUCGCCGGGCAACGUUGAUGGGUCGACAAGAGAAACAAAAAAGGAAACCGAUCCCUUCAAAUACAAUGAAAGGUGGCGAAAGACCGACACGCUUCCUGAAGUCGGCCAUAAACUGGAUGCAAUUGCAUUCUUUGCUGCCCACCCAGGCAGAGUACUACCCAAACCAGAUGAAUGGCCUGUCAACCAGACCUGGAAUGGUCUCGUUGGGUCAUACACAGAGAGGUAUCUCUCCGAACCGAGUGACAGGAUCAGAGCCAUCGCAGGGCUGGCCAAGAACUUCAGCGUCAUGUACGAGUCACAGUAUGGGUCCAAGUAUGCAGCUGGCUUAUGGUGCCAGGAUCUUCCUGGGGCCCUCUUGUGGAGAAAUUGUGACCGCCAGAUGCUUCCAAGACCGGCCAAGUGGCAAGGGCCAUCGUGGUCUUGGGUAUCCAUCAACAACAGAGUGGAUUGUUACUUUGCGGACAGUUCUCUGUGCACAGAAGUUGAACAUGUCAGUUGUCAGCUUAUCUCUCCUGAGGCUCCCUUUGGUGAUCUUAGGGAGGGAGGUGCCGUGCUUCGAAUCAGAGGAUGUGCAAUUGAGCUGGAUUGGAGAUACACAGGGCCUGAAAAGUCGAAAGAGAAGUUCGGUACUGAUGGGAGUGAUAUAAGAUAUCUUAACAGUGGUCACACAUAUGUCGAUGCCAAGGUUAAACAUUUUCUCGACGUACAGGAGCUUGCUACGGACUGGACGCGAAUAACAUUGCUUCUUAUCGAUCAUGGCUGGUAUCGUAAUGCUGAAGGUAUUAUACUGAAAAAGGUACAUGAUGGGAAAUAUUCGAGGCUGGGGUACUUCGAGUUGGACUACAAUGGAGAUACCAAGGAUUUCAAUUCUCCUCUUCCUCCUCCUAGAAGCUGGGAGAAACAAGUGUUCGAGAUUAUUUGA